ACUGUGAUGCUAUUAAUCGCGGUUGCUGUUUUCGCGCGGUCUUCCAACAUAUGAUGUUGUCGAUAUGGCAGUGAAAUACUUGGAUGGUCCUUUUAUAUUCAGACUCAACGACAAUGGUUCAGGACCGCAUCUUCUUAUACAGGUUUGUACGGAACGGGGCUGGAGGGAAUAUACUGGCGAAAAUAAUGUAUUCAAAGAUCGAUGGAAUUUAUGGUGGCGGUCCGGCGGUUUCCCCUUACCCCAUUACAAGCUAUUACUCCCGUGGCAGUUUAUCAACAGAAUUCCGAAAGGGAGUUCAAUCUGUAGGAAAGACAAUCUCAUACGUCAUCUUAGAUGUAUGAAGAAGAUGCACGGAUCGAUAUACGAUUUCAGAAAUUAAGCGAUCUUACAUACGACAAUGCGGCAGUGGUCCAAAGAUACAUCGAGAAUCCCUUUCUAAUCGGUGGUUACAAAUUCGAUCUACGACUAUACGUGUGCGUACCAUCGUAUCGCCCUUUGACGAUAUAUUUGUACAAGGAAGGAUUGGCACGUUUCGCUACAGAGAAAUUUUCACUGGAGCAUUUGAACGAUCCUUUCCGACAUCUCACUAACUUCUCGUUGAACAAACUGGGCCCAGGAUAUUCCGAGAAAAAGGAACGCGUCGGUUCUGGUUGCAAAUGGACUUUUAGACAAUUGAGAAGAUAUUUCGAACAAGCUGGAUACUACGAUUGGUUCCUCUGGCAGAGGAUAGCCUGUUUAAUUACUUUAACGAUACUGAGCCAAGCUGCAAGCAUACCAAAAUCUUCCAAUUGCUUCGAAUUCUUCGGUUUUGAUGUAUUGAUCGACAGAAAUUUAAAACCAUGGCUACUGGAGGUCAAUCUUAGCCCGGCUCUAAGUAAUGACUGCGAGAUCGACUCUGAAGUGAAGAAACCUCUGCUGCAUGAUUUAUUCGAUUUAUUAGGUCUUCCGGUAUGUAAUACUGGACUCUCCCUUUUCACAAUAUGGUCAACGAGCCCAAUUAACGACGAGGUGGAAGAGUCUUCCAAGUUUUGUACAAAUCGAACUAUGAAAAAGAAAUCGAGAACUUAUCGGGAAACUGAUGGUUUUUUAAACAUAUGCACGGAACUUCAGCCUACCCUUAGACAAUCGACUAUCAACAAUUCUUCAAAUUUGUGGUCUCGUUACAAUCCCUUACUAGUGGAUAAGUACGUUCCACGCGGUUUUCAGGGUAAUAAUCCAGAAAGCAACAAUAAAACAUCGAUAUGGGAUAAUGGUAAAGAUUGGAGUACGCCAUGCGCGAGAGAGGGAGGAUGGGUUCGCAUUUAUCCGCUGAUACGAAUAAAAUCUGAGAAUACUGUCGAUUACGUAUCGUCUUUAUCGGACACUACAAAAAUCGCAGAAAAGGAAACCAGAAAUGUGAUUCUUUCCAUACAAAAAUACUUGAAAGCUGCCAAAGAAGUGCACAAGAAGAAUGAAAAAUAUAGAGAUGAACAAUAUAAUGCUACGUUACGAAAAAUGUUGGAAUUAAAUACUGAAAUCUGGCUGCCAUCGAAGUGACUUAGUAUACACAACGAAUACCUGCAUCUUUUAUUUUUAUAUGUAUAUAUAUAUAU